ACACUGUGUAUCAUAAAGAAUUUAAUAAAAAUGGAGUGAAAUUAAGCAUAAAAAUAAAAAUAGGCUGAAAAGUGAAAAUCUUGGAAAAAUGAAAAUCAAUCUAAUUUGGAUUAAUUUAUUUUCGAUUAUUUACAUCGUCAAUAUUGGUGGUGCUUCUGAUUCUGCAUCAGAUAAUGAAUUAAAUGUCUACGAUGAGGAUGAAGGAUUGAAUUAUAAUGAGAUAAAAAGUUCCUCAACAAACACACAGAAACACGAAGAAAAUGAAAUUUAUUUGAAAAAGCUGUUUAGUCUCAAGAAAUUAAAGAAUACAGAGGCUGAAGAAAAUGAUAUGAGGAUAAGAAACACAAAAUUAGAAAAACUUAUACAGAAAACACAAGAAGAUGAAAGAGUUAUAAAAGCUCCAGAACAAUCAGCAGAACUGCAGAUUGAGUCACAAAUAAACAAUGAAAAUGGAAUCACACAAAGUAAAAUAAAGAAAUCGUCAGACGGAAAAAGAAAAACAUUUUCAAAUAAAAGAAAAAGGAAGAAGAAACGAAAGCAUUCACAAAUACAACAACAACAAAAAGACGAGGAAGAACGUGGUGUAAAAAAUGAAAACUUCAGUAGAUAUGAUAAGGAAGACAGUAAAGGAAGAAAUAAUUAUGAGACUGUCUCAAAUGUUUCUAUGACCACUUCUAGUCUGAAGACAUCGAGAAAAGACUAUGAAAAUAAUUUAAAAAUAGUGAAUAAUAAUUUUAAUUAUAAUGAAAAUGGUGAUGAUAAUUCGAAUAAAUCACCAAUAUCACAUUUAACAUCAACAGUUUCCAUAACAACGGUAGAUGCAGUGGUGAUGGAAAUGAUAGAAGCAGUUAUCGACAAUAAUACUAAUAAUAAAAAUAAUAAUUAUAAUAAUAAUAAUUUUAUUAGUAAAAGUGAUGUAAAUUUAUGGAAUAUUAAAAGUGAAAAUGAGUUUGUACAAAAGGACGAUGAUAAUUUAGUUCCGAAAUUGCAUAAGUCAACAAAUGAACAACAAUUGAUUGUGAAUAAUAACGUAAAUGUGGAUAUAAAUCGACAAGAUUUGAAUAAGGCGAGGAGUGUUAAAAUGGAAAGUUUAAAUUCAAAUAACGAUGAUGAAUUUAAAAUCAAGAGUAAAGUCACGAAGAAGAGCAGCAGUAGCAGUAGUGGAAAUAAGAAUAAAACAAAUGAAAUUAAAAUCAAUAAACAUUCAAAGCAAGGAAGUGGAAGAAAACGAAAAAGAAAAUUUAUUAUUGGAGAUUUAUCAUGCAUGAAAGCUCAAUUCAUUCAAGCACCACGAAUUGCAAAUGCUGACAUCAAAUAUAUUCGGAAUGAAAUGAUGGGAAUUGAGAGAAGUUUUCUAGAGGCAGAAUAUCAUUGCCACGAUGGCUACAAAUUAAUUAAAAAGUCCAAACGCGCAAAAAUAGCAAUUGGAAAUAAAAAUUUAGUAUGCAAAAAGCAUCGUUGGAUUGGACAGAGGCCAUUGUGUCGAAAAACUCAUACUGAGGAAAAUCGCUCAGAAUUGAAAAUGCAACAAUGUGACAGUUAUGAAGCUCAAAAAUGUGAGCAAUUAUGCAUUAAAAACGGAAAUCGAACGGAAGUGCAGUGUCAGUGCCAUAAAGGAUUCCAUUUGAUUGGCACCCGAUGUUUCGAUGUCAAUGAAUGCGAGAAGAAUCCAAAUGAAUGUGGGCAAUAUGGAAAAUGUAUCAAUUUAGUCGGAGCACACAAAUGCUUAUGUCAGCAAGGUUUUCAAUUAGACAAUGUUGGAAAAUGUGUUGACAUAAACGAGUGCUUGCUGCGUGGCGGUCAUGGACCAUGUCAAGACACAUGUUUUAAUAGUCUCGGGGGCUACACGUGCUCAUGUGAAAAUCUUAAAGGCACACAACUAUCAAAAGACGGUCACAGUUGUGAGGAAAUUGAUUUAUGUACAAUCAGCAAUGGUGGAUGUUCUCAUACAUGUCAUAGUACAAUCGGACAAGCAUUUUGUUCAUGUCCGCUGGGAUUUAAACUCGACAUUGAUUGGAAGACGUGCAUUGAUGUUGAUGAAUGUCAAUUACAAGAAUCAAUACAACUUGAGAAUCGAUGCAAUUAUGAAUGUAUUAACACAAUAGGAUCGUACAAAUGUGUACAUGAUAUCAUUGCAGAUCAGCCUUUCUCAAACGAUUUCGAUGAUUACAUGAUUCAGAACAAUGCUGAUGAAAACGAUGAAAAUGAUGAAAAUAAUUAUAAGAUCAGAAAGAUCAGCCAUGACGACAGUGAUGAUACGGAUGGGAAUUAUGAUAUCAUUGAUGGUGCAAGUUGUGUAUCAGAAUGUUUGAAUGGAUUUUAUUUUAAUGAGACCGCUGGAGAUUGUCAAGAUAUAAAUGAAUGUGAAAUAGACAACGGAAAUUGUUCAAAUGGGACCUGUGUAAAUACAAAUGGUAGCUUCUUUUGUUCGUGUCAUAAAGGCUUCGUGCUAUCAGAAGAUGAUAAAUACAAAUGCAUUGAAGUGCAGAAACAGAAGAAUGAAACAACAAUGGAAAAUCAAUUCAAAGCAAGUACAGUGGCUUGUUCACCAUUAUUUCCACCAAUUCAUGGUUAUCUUGAAUGUACGAGACCAUUGGAUAAUUCAAAUACAACUGGACGUCUUAUUGUUACAAAUCGCCCGGGGAGUCAAUGCAUCCUCCGGUGUCCAGCAAGUUUUCGUACCUCGGGGACAUACCUAAAGACAUGCGGUAAAGAUGGUGAAUGGCAUGGCCUAGAUGAUGGAAUCUGUAUAAAAUAUCCAACUCCAAAGUUAAUUUGCCCAUCGAAUCAGAUCGUUGAAUUGCCACCGAAUAACGAAAAGGUAGAGGUAAAAUUACAAAAGCCAAAGACAGACGUGAACUUUAAACGUGAUGUAACAAUUAAGCCAUUAUGGAUCAAGAAUGUGGAUAAAAUUGUACUCGGUUUGGGUGUACUGAACAUAACAUACACAGCAAGACAUCCUAUUACAAAGCUUACAGUUGCUUGUACGACCACAUUGUUUGUUGUCGAUGGUGAAAUGCCAGUCGUUGAAUAUUGCCCACCAUUACAAAAGCAUAAAAUAGAGAAGCACCAUGAGAGUAUCAACGUAUUUUGGACUGAACCCAAGUUUUCUGAUAAUGUGAAAGUUACCGAUGUUACACAAACAAAUGUUCCAGGCAGUCUCUUCGGUCUUGGCAGUCAUCAGAUAAUUUAUGAGGCACGCGAUGCAGCUGGGUAUAAGACACGAUGUACAUUCAAGAUUAUCGUUAAUGCACCAAAAUACAGCGGACUUAAGCUACCGAUAAAGAAUAAUAAAUUUUAUUACUAAAGCAUAAGCAGAAACGAAAAUAACAUUAAAAAAGGAGACGAGAAAGAAAAAGUAAUGACGGAACAAAAAUAUCAGUUUGUCGCAUUUUAUGAGCAUUAAUUACAAUUAAAUUUAACAUAUUUUAGUAUUUAUCUACUUUAUUGUGCAAUAAUAUUCUUUGUCCCUUUACUUUUACUAUUCAAAGAUAUAAAUAAGUGAGAGAAGGAUAGGAGAGACUACAUGUUGAUAUGCACUGACGGAAAUUCUUUUUGAUUAAACUGAUUAAUAAAUUCAAGCAGAUCUUUAAGAUUAAGAUUAAGAUUUAAAAUUGCCAUUUUUCCAUUUGUCCACUUGAAAAUUUUAAAUUAAAAGAAUAUGACAUCUUUGUUAAAUUGAGUAGCUACAAUGUUUUAUUCAACAUAUUUUUUAAAAUCAAAUUUCAAAUGCAAAACAUGCAUAAGGUUUUUGGGUCAAUUGAGUUAAUUAAGAUUUUAUUGAUAAAUUUUUUGCAAUGCUAUCGAAGUAAAUUCAACCAGUAAAAGACGCCGAAAAAGGAAAAGAAAUACAAUUAUUUCCAACUUAUAUCAAAUAUAUUAUAUUGCAACAAUUUCUAAUAGAAUUUUAUGUACACAAGACAUAAAAAAGUUUUCUCUUAAGUUUAUUAAUCAGCAUAAAAACUCCUUUUAAUUCUAAAAUUAUCUUAGAUUUUCUUGUGCAUUGCACUCCACUAACUUAGUGUACACAGUGUACUUUAUGAUAAAACUAGAUAUAAAUUCAUAUAGAUAUAAAAACAUUCAUUGCGAAAGGAAAAUAUUUAAGGGAUG